AUGGUCACCGCGUGUGGCUUCGCCAGAGCCACUUGCCUACCAAGGCGUUUUGCUAGCACAGCUUCCAAAGCUGCUCGCAAACAGCCGACUACUAAACCACCACCUGCUCCUGCUCCUCCCCCUCCUCCUCGCCUCUCCAAGUCAUAUAAACCCAGCCCUCGAAAAGCACCCUCUCAACCCCGACAUGCUCCGAAUCCCUCAGAGUCCGGCGAUACCCUUCAGUCUCUCUGGCGCCGCUCGUGGCUCCCACUCUCCGGAGCCGCCCUCCUAUCCGGCUUCCUGGGCUUCUACAUCGUCGGCACCGCAGCCGCCUCCUUGAAAACCUGUCCAUGCCAAACGCCCUGCGAGCACGCCACGCCGACCGGUCGACCGCCCGCCCUGACAGGCGACAAUGCCGAACAAUUCGACAAGGAGCUGAAUCUGCCCGAGUGGUGGAUGGGCAUCACCAAGCUGCGGAAGAAACUGGCCGAUCAUGCCAAAGGCAACGUGCUGGAACUGGCCAUGGGCACCGGCCGGAACCUCGAAUACUACAACUGGGAUGCGCUGAGUGGGACACACCCAGUGCCGGGGAAGAAGGAUGCGGCCAGGGGGAUAUCCUCGUUCACGGGGCUAGAUAUAUCCGCCGACAUGCUCGACGUCGCGCGCAAACGACUUGUCACGACGGUCCCGCCAAUGGCUGAUUCCGAGCCCAUCGUAAGGAGAUCGACGCUGACGGACCACACGGGCGGGCAGCUGUCCUUCCUGAACGAUCGGCUGCGACUGGUUUGCUCGGAUGCGCAUCACCCUCUCCCGCAGGCAGCGGGUGCGACGCGGCCGUCCUCGUCCGCAUCGGACGCGACGUACGAUACUAUUAUACAAACAUUUGGGCUUUGCUCCGUGUCGGAUCCCGUGGCAGUUUUGUGCAAUUUGGCAUCCGCUGUCAAACCGGAUACCGGUCGCAUCAUUCUUCUUGAACACGGCAAGGGAUGGUAUGGACUUGUCAAUGGUCUUUUGGAUAAGAAUGCAGAAAAGCAUUUUGAGAAAUACGGCUGUUGGUGGAACCGUGACAUUGAAGCGCUUGUCGACGAAGCUGUGCAAAAGACACCAGGACUGGAAAUAGUCAAGCUAGAUCGGCCAAACAUUAUGCAAAUGGGUACUUUAGUCUGGGUAGAGCUCCGCAUGAGGGGCAAGAAGUAG